AUGAAGCUUGUGAUCGGUGGCUCGACUGGCUUUGUGGCCACAGAGCUUAUCUGCCAAGCUCUCGAGAACCCAGCUAUUACCUCUAUCAUCGCCCUUGGCCGGCGUGAGACCCCAGCGCCGCUAGUGGCAGGGCCUGCCGCUGCAAAGCUGAAGUCAGUCAUCUGUGACAACUUUGAGACCUAUUCCGAUAGCGUUAAAAAGGAGCUAGAGAAUACAGAUGCCUGCAUCUGGACUAUCGCUGUGACACCGGUAAAGCUCAAAACUGUCCCGUUUGAGGAGACGUGCAAGAUUUCCCGCGACUACGCUACCACGGCCAUCCAGACUCUCGAUACCCUCCGCUAUAAGCAGGAUGGACCGCUGCGCUUCAUCUAUAUAAGCGGCCAUUUUGCCCCCCGCAGCCCCGCUGAGGUGCCAAAGGAACUGCAAGACCACGGCCUCAUUAACUACGGCCUAAUGCGAGGUGAGGCAGAGACACUAAUCCUCGCAUAUGGCAAGCAAUCAAAAGGCGCCGUCCAGUCCUGUGUCGUCAAGCCUGGGUUUAUCGACUCCCCGAAUAGGGAAAGGCGGGAGAUCCCGGGCCUCCCGCAUAUCGACUUGCAGAAUAUCGCGGCAGCUCUGCUGGACCAGGUCGUCAACGGGUUCGAGAAGGACACCCUGAACAAUGCUGACUUAAUUUGCAUUGGACGGAAGGCUUUAACUGGGGAGUAG